CAGACUCGGGCCCCACAUUUCUGACUCCCCGCGAUGGUUGAGUCGUAGUUUCAACUAGACUUUUUUUUUCUACACCAAUGUUCGAGCUCCGAUUCGGGGCGACAGGCGAUGAACACCUACUCAACCUGGGCGCCAGAAGAACCGGGGCGACUUGGGCCGAACCCGAUACUCGCCGUAGUCGUGUUUUGUAUUUCCUUUGCUCGACGCUGCUCUUCGAUAAUAGACUCUCUUCCUGAUAAUAAUCAUAAUUAUAAUACAUGAUCUGCUAGGUACAUAGACGUACGCUUGCAUCUGCUGAAGCGCAGCCUAUAAAGCUGCCCCGCCACCAUUCGUUCCCUACUGUGUUCCGUCUGCUUGUGAUCGCGACGGCUUCCCACUCGUUCCUUGCCCAUUGCUCCCGCCUAUCGCCCAGCAACAGACAAUGGCUCCCGAGACUGAGGUUCGGAACAACAGUAACCCCCGCGGCUGGAUUGUGCAGAAGUUUGGCGGCACGAGCGUCGGCAAAUUCCCCAUUAAUAUUGCCCGCGACAUUAUACGCGCGAAUUUGACCUCGAAUAGAAUCGCCGUUGUCUGCUCAGCACGGAGCUCUGGCAAAAAGGUAAAUGGUACGACCAGCCGGUUACUUGAAAUAUACAAGAGAUUGCGCGAUGUAGCUGCAGCGACUAGCAACGAAGCUAUCAAGGCUGAGCUUGUCGAAGAUGCCAAGACGACGAUCCGAGAAAUAUGCGACGAGCAUUUGGCUGCCGCCCAGGAUUCUGUCAAAAAUACCGAUUUACAAAAGGAGGUUUGCGAUAGCAUACAAGAAGACUGCCAGGAAUUGAUAGACUACAUCAUCGCCGCAAAGCGCUUCAACCUUGAAGUCAAUGCAAGAUCUAAGGACCGCGUCGUUGGCUUCGGCGAAAAGCUCAGCUGCAGAUUCAUGACAGCGAUGUUGAGGGAUAACAAUGUUGAAGCUGAAUAUGUUGAUCUCUCCGACGUGCUGCAUUACGAUAGCACAGAUCGUCUUAGUCCAGCAUUCUUCAAAGACGCAGCUGCCAUAUUUAGGAAGAGGAUACACGCCUGUGUAGACCGCGUACCAGUCAUCACCGGUUUUUUCGGAAAUGUCCCUGGGAGCCUGAUGGAUGGAGACAUUGGGCGUGGCUAUACAGACUUAUGCGCUUCCUUGGUAGCGGUUGGACUUAAUGCAGACGAGUUGCAAGUGUGGAAAGAGGUGGAUGGUAUCUUCACGGCUGACCCUACCAAAGUUCCGACAGCACGGCUGCUGAGUUCCAUUACACCCUCCGAAGCUGCCGAACUGACGUUCUACGGCUCCGAAGUCAUUCAUCACUUGACUAUGGAUCAAGUGAUCAAGGCAGAGCCACCAAUACCUAUCCGUAUCAAGAAUGUCAACAAUCCCAGGGGAAGCGGUACCAUUGUUAUCCCCGAUCUAGUCCAAUCACCAGCACAGCAGAUCACACGCUCUCGACCAUCAGAUCCAUCAUUGCGCAAGACACCGAAGCGACCCACAGCCGUCACCAUCAAAGAUAACAUUACUGUCAUCAACGUACACUCGAAUAAACGCUCCAUAUCUCAUGGAUUCUUCGCGAAGGUAUUUUCAAUUUUAAACAGCCAUAGGAUAUCUGUCGAUCUUAUUUCUACAAGUGAGGUCCAUGUAUCCAUGGCUAUCCACCAAGCCAGCUCUUCUGUCCAUCACUUUGAAAAGGCCAAGGAGGAACUAGAGGAAUGUGGAGAUGUCAGCAUUCUUAUUGACAUGGCUAUCCUAAGUCUUGUCGGGGCUGAGAUGAAAAAUAUGAUUGGUAUUGCUGGUCGCAUGUUCUCGACGCUUGGCGAGCACAAUGUCAAUAUUGAGAUGAUAUCACAAGGUGCCAGCGAAAUCAAUAUAUCGUGCGUUGUCGAAGCGAGAGAAGCUACACGAGCCAUGAACAUUUUGCAUACAAACCUUUUCACGUUUCUAGAUUUCUAGAACAGCAUAGCAAGUCUUUUUAUGUCCCUUUGGCUUAAACAAAAUACUUUCAAAAUAGAUGGGAUUGCAUACUGGAGGUUUUACAAAAAAUCUUUUCUCUUGGAGAUUUAAAAAAAGAAAAAGAAAAUGCGUUGCUCCUACAUGUAUAUAUCGUCACAGCGUGUCCAAGACCGGAUUUAGGGCAACGAGAUAGCGUUGUCGUUGAUGCACAUAAUCGGCUUGAUUGAAUACACCGGAAGAUGUAAAACAAGACAGGAAUACACAAAACUUUUAGAAUGUUUCCUUCAAUCAGAGACUUAUGAAUGAGUCGAUUCGUUGUUAAUUCCGCCUUCGUUUCACUCUUUGCGUCACUGCUGAG